CCUCUCUCUCUCUCUCUCUCCGUGCUGCGAGUACAGCACCUUCCUCUCCGAUGGUGGGAACCAAACGUUAAGGAAAACCUAGCCGACGCGAUGGUGGGUGUGGAGCUCCGUAGCUCUUCUUCCUACUCCUCAUUCGUCCGGCUCGCCUGCCUUCUCUGCUUCCUCGCCGCCGUCAGACCUAGUGACGCCGGCGACUUGGAUCUGCUGAUGUCGUUCAAGGCCGCGGUCGCCAACCCUCAGCUGCUACCGAGUUGGGAUCCCCUCCGGGGUCCUUGCUCCUUCGCCGGGGUCACCUGCAGCGUCGGCGGCCGCGUCUCGGUCGUUGAGCUGCAGGGCGUCCCUCUCGGCGCCGACUUCCGUGCCGUGUCGUCCUCGGUACUGGCCCUCGGCGGCCUCGAGAGCCUCUCACUCAGCGCUGUCAAUCUUACCGGAAACGUCGCCGGGACCCGCUGCGGCGGCGGGCUCUCCGAGCUCGAUCUCUCCGGCAACGACCUCCGGGGAUCCCUUGCCGACGUGUCCUCUCUGGCCGCUGCUUGUUCUGGGUUGAAGUCUCUCAACCUCUCCGGCAACUCCGUUGGGAUUCCACCUAUGGCGGCCGGAGAUGGUCUCGCCGUUGCUGGGUUCGACCUCGAGGAGCUUGACCUCUCCUUUAACGAGAUCUCCGGCGAGGACGACCUGCGGUGGCUUCUUUCCAACCUCGGCGCCCUCCGACGCCUCGACCUGGUCGGAAACCACCUCUCCAGCGGGAUCCCAGCCAUCGCCAACUGCUCCUACAUUCAGCACCUGGACCUCUCAUUGAGCGGCCUCUCCGGCGAGAUCGGCGUCGGUGUCUUCGGCGGCUGCCGGAGCUUGACCUACUUGAACCUGUCUUCCAACCACUUCACCGGCACUCUACCCUCCGACCUCUCCUCUUGCACUUCCUUGUCCUCCCUCAGCCUCUCCAGCAACAAUUUCUCCGGUGAGUUCCCCGUCGACACCCUGACCGCGAUGCCGUACCUUGCAACCCUUGAGUUCGCCUUCAACGACCUCAACGGCAGCCUCGGGGACUCGAUCACGCAGAUGCCGAUGCUCCAAGUGCUCGAUCUCAGCUCAAACAGGCUAACUGGGUCGAUCCCCUCCGACCUCUGCCCGAACCCAGCCUUCGCCUUGAAGACGCUCUACCUCCAGAAUAACCAGCUCACCGGCAGCAUCCCCAAGUCGCUGAGCAACUGCACCAGGCUCGUGUCCCUCGACCUCAGCCUCAACUAUAUCACCGGAGCCAUUCCUUCCGGUCUGGGCUCGCUCCCUUCCCUCCGUGAUCUGAUCAUGUGGCAGAACCUGCUCGAGGGCGAGAUCCCACCGGAACUUACCAACCUCCUGUCCCUCGAGAAUCUCAUCCUCGACAACAAUGGCCUGACCGGGUCGAUCCCGGCUGGCUUUGCCGGUUGCACUAGCUUGAACUGGCUUUCUCUGUCGAGCAACCACCUGAGUGGAACGAUCCCUUCGUGGAUCGGCCAGCUUCAUAACUUGGCAAUCCUUAAGCUCGGCAACAACUCCUUCUCCGGCCAGAUUCCGCCCCAGCUCGGAGACUGCAGGAGCUUGGUCUGGCUGGACCUCAACAACAACCAACUCAGUGGAUCGAUUCCGCCAACCCUUGCCAACCAGUCCGGCAAAAUCGCGGUCGGCCUGGUCACCGGCGAGCCGUACGUGUACCUCAAGAACGACGGGACCAGCGGGUGCCGCGGGACGGGCAACCUCCUCGAGUUCGCCGGGAUUCGGCCGGAGGACCUUGACCGGUUGCCCAGCCGGCGGUUCUGUAACUUCACCAGGGUCUACAAGGGGCUCACACAGUACACCUUCAACAACAACGGCUCCAUGCUCUUCCUCGAUCUUUCCUUCAACCAGCUGAGCGGCAAGAUCCCCAGGGAGCUCGGCAGCAUGUACUAUCUUCUGAUCCUGAACCUUGGCCAUAACCUCCUCUCCGGUCUGAUACCACCGGAACUGGGGAGCUUGCGGUACGUCGCGGUGUUGGAUCUUUCACAUAACGCUCUCGAGGGACCGAUCCCGUCGUCCUUCGCCGGCCUCGCCAUGUUGGCUGAGAUCGAUCUCUCGAACAAUAAGCUCAAUGGGUCGAUUCCCGAGCUGGGUCAGUUGGCAACAUUCCCUCGGUACCGGUACGAAAACAACUCGGGCCUUUGUGGGUUCCCUCUCCCAUCUUGUGAGGACAUCGCUGGGGCUAAUUCCAGCACCCAGCAUCAGAAGUCCCACCGCCGGCAAGCCUCUCUUGCCGGGAGUGUCGCGAUGGGACUACUCUUCUCCCUGUUCUGCAUAUUUGGACUGAUCAUAAUCGCCGUGGAGAGCAAGAAACGACAGAAGAAAAAGGAUAACGGUAACUGCUCGAGGGACAUCUACUUCGACAGCCGAUCUCAUUCCGGCACCGCCAAUUCAAACUGGAAGCUCACGGCCACCAAGGACGCAUUAGUCAUCAACCUGGCCACCUUCGAGACGCCUCUCAGAAAGCUCUGUUUCGCUGAUCUGGUCGAGGCCACCAAUGGCUUCCACAAUGACAGCCUCGUAGGUUCCGGUGGAUUUGGUGAUGUCUACAAAGCCCAGCUGAAGGACGGCAGUGUUGUCGCGAUCAAGAAACUGAUUCAUGUGAGUGGGCAAGGCGACCGUGAGUUCACAGCUGAGAUGGAGACCAUCGGAAGGAUCAAGCACCGCAACCUGGUUCCCCUUCUGGGCUACUGCAAAGUUGGAGAAGAACGGCUCUUGGUGUACGAGUACAUGAAGUACGGGAGUCUAGAGGAUGUCUUGCAUGACCGCAACAAUGUUGGGAUCAAGCUGAAUUGGGUAGCGAGGAGGAAGAUUGCUGUGGGAGCAGCCAGAGGCUUAGCAUUCUUACACCACAACUGCAUUCCUCACAUAAUCCACAGAGAUAUGAAGUCCAGCAACGUUCUGCUUGAUGAGAACUUAGAAGCCAGGGUCUCGGAUUUUGGGAUGGCGAGGCUGAUGAGUACGGUGGAUACGCACUUGAGCGUGUCAGCGCUCGCCGGCACCCCUGGUUAUGUCCCACCCGAGUAUUACCAGAGCUUUCAAUGCACCACCAAGGGAGAUGUUUACAGUUAUGGUGUUGUCUUGCUCGAGCUACUCACCGGGAGGCGGUCGACAGACUCGACCGACUUCGGGGACAACAACUUGGUGGGGUGGGUCAAGCAGCACUCGAAGAUUAGAAUAAGUGAUGUCUUUGAUCCGGAGCUAUCGAAGGAGGAUCCUUCUCUGGAGCUGGAGCUGUUGGAGCACCUUAAGAUUGCUUGUGCCUGCCUUGAUGAUCGGCCAUUCCGUCGGCCAACCAUGCUAAGGGUGAUGACAAUGUUCAAGGAGAUACAGGCAGGUUCAUCCAUGAACUCCGUGCCUUCGGCUCCUUCAGCCUCGACCGCAGCGGAUUUCUCGUAGAGUUGGAGAUGAAUUCAAAGACUGGGGAUGAUUCUUACCAGAGGAAGCAACUGAUUGCAUCCAGUAAGGCGUUUUGGCCUUUUACCUUAGCAGUGGUAUGAGAAAAACUCUUGUGUAGCUUCAGUCUAGAUCAUAUUAUACACCUAUAAAACAAUGCUAUUUAUAUAUAUAUUUUUUCCUUCACAUACUUCGAACUUAGUGUCUUGUCACAAUUUCUGUACAUACAAAGUGAAUUUUCUUAAAUUCCUGUUCCACUCUCUAUAAGUGCUUUUGUCUA